AUGGAGAUAAGCGAAAAGACUAAAGAAAUAAUUAAUUAAAGAAUUCAAAGUAUAAUAAUGAAUCAAGGUUUGAAAGCAACAAAAAUUUAUUAUCUCAAAAAACUGAAUAUAAUGAUAACUAAAAGGAUAAUUGUGAUCAAAGUAUAAAAGUGUCAAAAGAAUAUGCUCCUUAAAAAUGGCAGUAGAACAAUCAUGUUUUUAUUUAGAAUUAAUCGUUAAUAAACAGAAUAUUAAGAAAGAACAAAGGAAAAAUAAAAGAAAAGAAAUUAAAAAAAUGGAUUUGCAUUAAUGAAUUUGAGAAAUGAUUCAUAAUUAUCAUCUGAAAAUACUAUUAGAAGGAGAAAAAGCCAAAUAGAUUGGUUGUAUUCAACUUAAAUUUAUUCGGAUAAUAUUUUAAUCUUUAAUCGAGUGCAAAUGCAAAACUUAUUUACCCCAACAGAACUAGUUCAUUUUGGUGAAAAUUAAUUACUAUAUGAGACUGAAGAAAUUUAGGAUUAAAAGUUCUUUAAUUAAGGAAUUAUUGAGAGCAAGUUUACGAUUCAGAAGAGCGUUAAAAGGCUUAGGCUGCUUUAUUUGGAUGUUUUGUUGCAAUGUUCUAAAUGUAAAUAAAUAAUUUAAGUUGAAACAAAUUUCAUAAAAUAGACCUAAUCACCAGCUAUAUUGAUUAAUCAUUGCAACUAAAAUAUAAGGAUAGACUUUUUUCAUAGUAAAUGCACUAAAUUAAUUAGAUAAUAAUAAAAACCCAAAUAAUUACUAAAAUUAGAUUGCUCAUGUAGCUUAUGUGGCUAGCAAUUUAGAAAAAAUUGUUAUUAUAAGAGCUGAAUGUGCUUUAAUCUGUGAAUGUGAAAAUGAAAAUGAUUCAAUAUUAAUUUUAGAGAAUCCAUUGUAAUUAAAUGAUGGGAAUUAUAUAAUAUUGGCAAAUGAACCUUAUAGGAAGC